UGAAGAACAUAAAUGUGUUUGUACCAGAAAAAUACAUGCUUGUACUUCAACCUUUCUCUCUCAACAAAUGGUUGAACAAAUUGAAGAAAAUCCAGAUAUUCCUGUCAAAGCUGUUCAAGAACAAUUUCAAAGAAAGUAUGUUGUUGGUGUAUCCAGGAUGAAGGCUUACAGGGCUAAAACAAAAAGCAAGGAAGAUGGUGGAAGGUGAUUACUCAUCACAGUAUGGUCUGUUGAGGGACUAUGUCCUUGAGUUGCAAAGUAAAAAUCCUGGUACCACUGUUAAGAUAGAUCUAGAACCUGGUCAUCCAAGGGAUCUGACUAGACAGUUUAGAAGGAUCUAUGUUUGUUUAGGGGCUUUAAAGCAGGGGUUUAAAGCAUUAGGCAGGGAUUUACUUGGUUUGGAUGGUGCAUUCAUGAAGGGGCCUUAUCCUGGACAACUCUUAAGUGCAGUGGGUGUUGACUCUAAUAAUGGAAUCUAUCCAGUGUGUUAUGCAAUUGUUGAGGUUGAAAAUCUAAGUGCUUGGACAUGGUUCCUAGAUCUGUUAGCUGAUGACCUUGAGAUACCAAGAAACUCAGCCUUUAAAUUUAUGAGUGAUAGGCAAAAGGGUCUGCUACCUGCAGUUUCCAAGUUGUUUCCAUUAGCUGAGCACAGAUAUUGUCUUAGACAUAUUCAUGACAAUAUGAAAGGAACCUUUAAAGGUAGACAAUACAAAGAUUUAUUGUGGAAAUAUGCACAGGAAACAACAAUUCCUGAGUUUCAAACUUCCAUGGAGGAAUUGAAAGCUUUUAACAAAAAAGCUCACUUGUGGCUGUCUAAGAUCCCCCCUCUUCACUGGACAAGGUCCCAUUUCUCUGGUAGGGCAUUAAGUGACAUGCUACUCAAUAACAUGUGUGAAACCUUCAAUGGCAAGAUACUGGAAGGGAGGGACAAGCCUAUCAUUGCUGCUUUGAAGUAUAUCAGGGAGUACCUAAUGAGGAGGAUUGUGACAGUGUUGAGGGUUAUAGAAAGGACUGAAGGUCUUAUUACACCUUGGGCACAAAAACACCUUCAGACAAUUAAGAAAGAUGCAGCCUUUUAUCAUGUGCAGUGGAAUGGAGGGGAUCUGUAUGGGGUGAGUGGUAAACCUGGACACACAAGGGUAGUGGACUUGGCCAAAAAGACUUGUGCUUGUAGAGGCUGGGAAAUCACAGGCAUGCCCUGCAGACAUGCAGUGGCUGCAAUAUGGUUCAUGGCUACUAAUGGUCAAAGAGUUGGUGCUUUGGAAAGCUGGUUUGAUCCAGUCUACUCAAUAGGCAGGUGGAAAGAGGUGUAUGCUUUCAAGAUAAACCCUAUAAAUGGCAAAGCUCUAUGGCCGAAGAGUGAAGUUCCUAUCAAGAUAACACCACCAAAACAUCACAAACAAGUGGGUAGGCCAAAGAAGGUUAGGAAAAGGUCAGCCGUGGAGAUGGAGGAUGAAGGCUCAAGCAAGAAGAAGGGCAGGUUAUCAAAGAAGAAUAUGAAAGGUGUAUGUGGAAAAUGUGGGAACACCGGACACAAUCAAAGGACUUGCAAGGGGCAAGGUGAAAAAAGGAAGGACUAGAUCUGUUGGCAGGGGUUUAACUUUUGACUUUUGGUUUGUUAUGGUCUUUGACUUUUGGUUUGUUAAGGUCUAACUUAGUAAUUUAUGGGAUAUGUAUUAACUCUAGAUGUUUGGAACAUGUUUAAAACAUGUCUUUUAUAACUUGGUUAUCUAUGCCAGUGUGGCAGUUUUUGUUUGCAAUUUGCAUUG